AUGUCAAAUAGGAAGCGAAAGCAGAGGCCACCUGAGAGGUUCAGUGAAGACAAGCGAGCAGAAUUGACCUGGAACAUGCUUGAUUUCCAUUUGCCGGCUUCAGGCUCCACUUACCAGACCACGAUGAAUUUUAUUGAUUCCUCUUCAGUCAAUGAUGAAACUAACACUCCAACAGCUUCGAGUCCUCGGAAGAAGAAGAGACAAAAGGCAUUUGAUCGUAACAGAAGCAUCGAGCUCAAUCUGGAAAACUCUUACCCGCAAACCUGUGUAUGUCAGUUAGGUUUGUUUAACAUCAAUUUGUGCACGAGUGAAACGCAACGUGAUGAAUUGAAAUCACAGAAUGGAACUGGUAUCUCUGAUGACUUGUGGACUGUGGAUUGUUAUCACUGCGUCGUGAUAAAACUUUCCUUUGAGCCACAGCAUUCAAUAACAGAUGACAAGAACUUGUUUGAGUUAAAUAAUGGCUGCUUGAGACAUGCCUCUUUUAAAGCAACAGUUCCUUCCGUUUCCACACAUCAACUCGAAGCAUUAGUUUACCUGCAAAACAAAGGUGUGAUUUCCCUAGUGCUGAAACCAGAGCAACAUAUUUUAAAAGAAAGCUGGGAAGUUGUUGUGUGUUUGAAGGAGAAUGGCUUAACCGAGAUGUCUUCUGCAUGCGCUGAUGUCAAAAAUAGGAAAAUAGACCAGUUAAUGAAAGUGUUAAUAGAAUGGUUUUAUAACAUAUCUGCAAGAGGCGAUGACUCUAUUUUGCUGGACUGCAAUAAUGCAGGAGUAGACAAAGGUUUUGAUGAACUUUACAAUGCUAUCAAGGCAGUUCGCGAAAGCAAUUGCUCGUCCACGUCUCUACCAAGGUCUUCUCUCUCAAAUACACCCCUUUGCCAUGUACUUGAUAUAGACAAAGAUAACAGUUGUACCUGUAAUGCAGAAAUCAACAGAUGUAAUGGAGCAAAUGAUUUUGAUGCACAGCAUCCUCAUCUCAGACCUGUGCUAAGAGGUUAUCAAAGAAGGGCUGUUGAAUGGAUGUUACAGAGAGAACUUGCUCAUCAAGUGACAUCUGGAUGUCAAAGGAAAGAAAUUGAUGGUAAGUAGAAUAUUACCUUAGCCCUUCCAAUCCCAAGAUCUAAUUCUCCUUACUGUCUACCAUACAAUUCAUAUGAUGUUAGUUUAGAGAAUUUUGUAUUGGAUCAACUAAUCCCAUAAUUAAUAUUUUUCCUUAUUCUCAUCACCUACUUGCUUGAUAUUGUAUUGAUAUGGUAAGGAGAAAUUCUGUCUUGGUCACUUGUGGGAGUGAAAGGUUUAAGGAGUCUUUGUUUUGCUAAAUACAUGUUUAUUACUCAGAACUAUGGAAUUCUUUGGUCACUUUUGGUGCUAGUUGGUAUGAAAUUAAUAAGUGACAGAGCAAGUCUGUACCAGAGCUAAGUGGCCCAUCCAGCCAGUGCUUUUUCUGGUUUUUAACCCUUUAACUCCCAGUUCAAAAGGUUAUCCCUCCCAGCAUUUCAUUCCCUGACAGUUUACCAGUUUCCAUUUAUACUCCUGGGUGGAGAGAGAGACACACUGACCCAGCCAGGUCCUUAAGCUGGACCUCUCAACCUGGUGUCCUGCGCACUGAUCACUCAGUCACCACAUCUCCCACAAAAUGUGAUACACUUUAGAGUUAAAAAGUAAAAAAAAAAAAAUCAUGAAUUUGUUUCUUUUUCAUAUACUUGCAGCUCAUAGUCUUCACCCAUUAUGGCAGAAAAUUCACAGUUUGGAUGGAAAGAUGAUUUACUACAGUCCUUAUACUGGAAGGUACAUGAAUGGCAGUUAUGAUAAAUGAACAUAAAGUGGGCUAUGUGACCCAUUUUUUUCACCCCAAUACCUUAAACUUAUCAUCUGUAAGCUAGAAAGCAAAUGGGAAAGAAAGGGGAGGGGAGGGUGAGAAGGUUGGACAUCAUAGAGUUAUAUGUCAUGUCCCCCUUCCCCCUGAGCAGAAAGCUGAUGAGAGGGAGAGGGGAGGGGAGAGUGAGAAGGUUGCACAUCAUAGUGAACCAUAUGUAAGGCCCCCUCCCCUCUUCCCCCUCCCCCCCUAAGAUCAAUACCCUUACCCUUCUUUAUUUACUAUCUCUGCCCUCCCCCCUCCUUCUUAGGCCAGAGAAUGUUUCUGUACACAACAUGAUGUUCUAGGCUGGCAAUGAACACACUGUGUAUUUUAAAAUCAUUUUGUUUAAGCAUCAAAGAGCUGCACUUUCUACAGUUUAACCCUUUCACUCGAAAACCUGGAUGAAAAUUCUCCUCACUGUCUGCUAUACAUUUCAUAAAAAGUUUGUUCUGAGAAUUUGUUGUUGGAUCAAAUGAUAAUCUUGUAGUUAUUUUUUCUUUUCUUGCUAUUCUCUUGAUAUUGUAUUGCAUUUGUAAGGAGAAACUAUGUCUUGGUCACUCGUUGGAGUCAAAGGUUUAAUAAAUGAUUUGUGGAUGUUUCAUCCUGAGCAAUUUCUUUAUAUCAAUUAAUUUAGAAUUACAAAAGAAAGAUUCUGCCAGCCAUUCCUGCCUCCUGGAGGAAUUUUAGCUGAUGAAAUGGGUCUUGGAAAGACUGUGGAGGUGAUUGCAUGUAUUUUGUGUCAUUCAAAGCCUUUAUCAGAGGUCAAGUCAAUUGAUUACACAUUAACAGCUUCUGAACCACACACAGACACAUCGAGUACAUGUAACAGCAUGAUACCAGAAGGCUCUAAAUCAAAACUUGCGGAGUGUGAAAAUAAUGACUGUGAUGAAGCUGUUACAGGCCAUAGCUCAAACAAGGAGCCAACUUUGUGUGAGAAUUCACCACCUUUAUGCAGUGGUGAUAUUGCCAGAGAAAUGAAGGGAACCACAGAAAAAGGUGACAGUUCAAGUUAUGACUCAGGUCACAGCACAACAUCAUCUAAUGAAGAUUCAAAUGAGCUUGCUCUUGGUACAGAUGGACAAAUAAUGGCUAAGACAAAUUCAGAUAUUUAUACAUCAGAUGCAGAAAGUGCCACACAGUUUAUGAAAUGCCAGUGUAUCUGUGGUGUAAAUUUGGCCAGUGUUGAUGACAAAUUGCUGCAGUGUUGUGAAUGCCAAGCAGUGUUUCAUGCUACAUGCCUUGGUUAUGAUUAUCCUGGUGGCUUUUUAUGCCCUCAUUGUUCCGUAAGUAGACCAGCCACUCCAUCCAGAGCAACACUGAUCAUUUCUCCUGCUCCAAUUGCCCAACAAUGGGUGGAGGAAAUCUCCAAGCAUACACAACCAUCCACAGUUAAAUUGCUGGUAAGAAAGUGUGCAGUCUUUUUUGGGAUGGUUUUCUUACUUUUUUUUUUUUUCACCCUUUGACUCCCAAGAACAACUUCUAUGUGGUAAGUUUGAGUAUUAAUUCUCAUUACCUGUUUGCUGGAUAAUGUAUGGAUCUUAUCAGGAGAAGUUACAUGAUAAUCAUUUCUUGAAGUUAAAGGGUUGAAAUUCAUUGAGGUAUCUGAUGAGUCUCUCAACCAAGACAAAAUGUUCAUGAACAGUGGGCCUUAUUCUCACUACUGAUUAAAUAGUGUUCAUUACUGCAAAGAUCGCUUUCAUGUCUCAAACCACGGUUCACAAGUAUGAUUUUCAUGUUUUCACUGUUAUAGAUUCAUCACUUCACAAAUUUAUUACAAACCAACAUAAUGACCAGCUCCCAGUUGGCUUGUUAGCUCAGUUGGUAGAGUAAUGCAUCUGUAUCGCAGAGGUCAUGGGUUCAAAUCCUGUACAGGCCUGAAUUUUUUAAGUAGUGUUCAUAACUGCAAAGCUCACUUUCAUAUUCAUGAAAUGUUUAGUUAUACCAGCUCAGGCACAAACUAUAUUUCACAGGUCUUUCUUAACUUAGCAGUCAUGACAUAUGAUAAGGAGUAGGAAAAGGUAUCAACUGUGUUUCUGGACAUGGGGGUCUUUUUUAGGGCUGUGUUAGUGGUCUAGACUAACCAUUUUUUUUGGCACUAGGCCAUAUUUCUACACACAGGUCUUUUCUCCUCUCCCCCACUCCCCAACCCCAACCCCAACCCUUACCCUAACUGCCCCCCGCCUCUUUCCACUGCGGCUUAUGUAUCAUUAGUUACCUUCCUUCAGUUAUAGAUGCAUAGGUAAGCACAUUUGUAAUCAAAGUUUGAAAGACUGGUCUACCUAGACUCCUAAUACCUACCUGCAGGUAGGGUUGAUAAAAAAAUCAAACUUGACACUAAAUAAAGAUGGUUGUUUUUGCAUUUUCUCAGGUUUAUGAAGGUGUGGCCAAGAUGGGUUUUAUUCCCCCUCAAGUUCUUGCAGAUCAUGAUGUAAUCUUAACAACAUAUUCAACUCUGAGAUCAGAUUUUUAUCACUUAGGAUCUAAGCAUGGUCAGUGAAAAACAAGCUGUAGUUUUCAAAAAUUUUUUAAAUGAACUGUCUUGGUUUGGUCACAACUUUUUUCAAGUUUACCUUUAAGUGUUCAUUUUUCAGGAACUGGUGGGCGGUCUAUGCGAUACGAGAAACGGUAUGUGGCAUUACCAAGCCCUCUCACGGCUGUCGUGUUUUGGCGGAUUUGUCUUGAUGAAGCUCAAAUGGUGGAGAGCACAACGGCUAAGGUUUGGUGUUAACUCCUCACUCCUAAGAUCUCUUUAGUAAUUCUCCUUACUGUCUGCCAUACAUUAUUCUUAUGAUGAUGGUUCAGAAUUUGGUUUGGAUCAACUGAUAAUGCAUUGAUCAAUACAAACUCUUCUUGCACACUUGAUCACACAUCCACACACAAGCUCUCUUGGUCACAUGAACCAAGUUCCUGCAUUGCAGAUACCAUGCAAACACUACUGACAGUUCCCUUGUGGACAAUUCCUAUGAUCUCAUUUUUUUAAAACCAUACAUCUUUAAUUUUUUCUCAGUGUCUUAAAAAUUCUUUAUUUGUGACAGCUCCUUUAAACCUUUUUGCAGAAAGUGCAAUGUGUUGUUUUUGACAAAGUUGAAUUAUUGAUUUUGUAGGCAGCUGAAGUGGCUUUAUGUUUACACAGUGUACACAAGUGGUGUGUCACAGGAACACCAAUACAGAAAGGACUUGAAGGUGAUGCUGGGUUGUGUGUAUGUCUUUAACCCUUUACACCCUAACAUCAGUAGGUAUAUUCUCCGUACUGUUCUCUGUAUAUUUCCUUAGGCACUGGCAAGGAGAAUUUGUUCAACCAUCAAGGGCUUCUUUAGUUGGUGAUCAUUUCCUUUAUUCAAGAUUGUGACCCUACUAAUUGAUCCAGAGGUGAUAUUGUAAGGAGAAGUUAGAAGCUAAUCAAAGGGUUAAUGAUCAGCAAUUAGUGGGGGAAAAGUUGGCUUAGGGUUAAAAAAUUUUCGACUAAAUUGAUUGGCCUGGCCAGAAUAAUGUUUUGUGUUCUUCACAGAGUGCUUCUCUCCAGUUAGGAGUAUAAAAGGGUUCCAGUGAAUUGGAAAGCCUGAUGAAAUGCAGGGGGGUAACCUUGCAAUGGACUGGCAUCCCAUCUAGGGGGGAGAAGUGGUAAUCUUAGUUGCUUUAUGUUAAGGAAACCAGGAUAAGCUUAGGCUGGGUGGACCACCUGGGUUGAGUAAAAACUUUGUCUUACUUGUGUUAAACAUACAGCUCUGCUUGGGCUUUAGAGUUUUGAGUGAAAAUGAAGAAGCCAGAAUUUUAAACCCAGGCUUCCUACAGAGUAAAAUAAAGGGGUAAGUUUCUAAAGAAAUCAUUGGUGGGAGAGUCUAACAGAGUAAUUUAGUAUUAUCAACUGAGUUGAUAGAGUAAUUUGGCUAUGGUAAAGAGUUUCAAAGCUGAUGUUUUGAGGGUUAGUCCUUUGUCAACGAGAAUGGCAAAGGGCUAACACUUGAGACAUCAGCUUUGAAACUCUUUACAGUGGCCAGUUUAUGUUUUAAACUCAACUCAGUUGAUAAUACUGAAUUCCUUUCUACAGAGUGCCUGAGUUAUGAAAGAUGCUCUUUCAUUUUAUGUAGAUAUUUAUGGUCUGCUGUUGUUUCUUGGGGUGGAUCCUUACUGUCAUCAAAAAUGGUGGAAGAGCUUACUGUUUGAGCCAUACAGGAAUGGAGAUAAACAGCCUCUGUAUGAGCUUUUAGCCAAGAUCUUGUGGCGAAGUGUAAAGAAGGAUGUUGUCCAUGAGGUGCUGUUUAAUAAAGUUUUUGUUUGUGUCAUCUAGAGAAAGAGAGGUGCUAAUGCAAUUAAAUUCUUCACUUUUUCACCAAAUCCUGAAAUGAGUCCCCAAAUUGACAACUAGGUUACUUUAUUACACCUCACCUAGGGAUACCAGUAUAUAAUGAAAAUUACGGUUUGUAAAGAUAAAUCUGAGGCAAACUUCCUCUCAAUAAGUUUUCAAAAAAGCAGCACAUGCAUGAAGUCUACCACCAGAUGCCAUCUUGUUUCCUGAACAAAGUUUGGAGUGACUCUAAACUUUGUUCAUGUUUUUUUUUAUUAAGUAAACCAAGAAAUAUUUUUAAGAUGAGCACACUUUAUCUUUAAGUUAAGUCACUGUAGUAACAUGCAAUCCUGUUGUUAGAAUAAUUUUGGUUUCAGACAGGUUGUAGGUGAAAUACCUACAGGUGUGUUGGGGGUGGGCUGGAAGGUCCAGUCCCUUUGAACUCUUACCCCUGGAUCUACCCCUGCUGAAGUCUGGAGGCUCACACCACACUGUUUACACCUUCUUUCAUAGAUUCAACUACCAGAGCAGGAUGAGAAAGUAAAAUGGCUGACAUUUUCCCCUGUAGAGCAACAUUUCUAUCAUCGUCAGCAUGAAGAAUGUGCAAACACUGCAAUGAAGGUUUUUAUUUUACAACAUUUUUGUGUGCUGCUCUAUCCUUUAGUAAUAGUUUAGCCACCUCUUUCAGCAAGAUAAAAAAUCAGUAAAGAUUUUGUAGAAGAAGAAUGCUCCUGAAACCUUAUAAUUGUAUAAUAGUUGUUUUGAUAAUAUUAUCAUUUUCACUACUGCUUAAUUAGUGUUCAUUAUUGUAAAGAUUGUUCUGAUAUCCAUCCCUUAAUCUGCAGUUCGCAUUAUGAUUUUCAUAUGUUCACAAUCAUAGAUUCAUCACUUUACAGGUUUAUUGCAAACCAACAUUACAAUAAAAAGCUUUUGAUGUUUUUUUUUAACCUCUUAACUGCCAUGAGUGACCAAAACAGACUUUCUCCUUACUAUAUCUAUACAAUAUCAUGCAGACAAGUGAUGAGAAUAGUGAAAAAUAUCAAUUAUGGGAUUACUAAUUGAUCCAAUACCAAAUUCUUCAAACUAACAUAAUGAGAAUCAUUUGGCAGACUGUAAGGGGAAUUGCUAAUGAGAUCUUGGGAGUUAAAGGAUUAAAAAGGAACAGUAGCAGAAAAUGUAAAAGUAACAAAUACAAGAAUAUAUUUUUGUAAUAAUCAUGUUUCUUAGAAGAUGUUAAACUCGAACAGUGUUUUUACUGAAAUAUAAUAGAGGUGCUUAUGGUAUCAGAGUGGUUGUAUAGGCCAUUUUACAGUGGUGUACAUGGCUGCCAAGCCUUUGAUUUAGAGUGAGGCUGAAGGUGACCUUGUUGUGAUAGAGACCAGUAUCUACUUAGUUACCAUGAUAACAAAGUAAUUUACAUUAGAAAAGCAGCAAGGUUUGUAUCAUAACAAGGUCAUCCUUAGCCUCCCUCCUGUUGAAAGGCUGGGCAACCUAACACACAACUGUAAAAUAGACUAUUAUGCAAUACAAGCACUUUUUUAGAAUAGUGGGGCUCUUAAUAUUAACAAGAACAAAGUGGAGGGAGGCGCUUAUUGGAGAGGGGUUACUUAUUGGAACAAGGGUGCUAAAUUGAAUCAUUACACCAACCAGCUUUCAUUUACACUCCCUUUGGGAAUGGAUUACUACUGAUUUCUUUGUCCUCUUUAUCUCCAGAUGCUGAGUCACUGGGAGAAAAGAGAUACAAUGCUGAGUGCUAUUGACAGAAACACCGUGCAUCAGGUACAUACACUAAAAACUGUGUGAAGGGUAGUAUGUAAGGUGGCUAUUGCAAGGGUUCUAAGCCUGUGAAUAAAAAAAAGGAGGACUUCCGUUACCAACUGGGCAAGCUCCAUAAAAGGUCAAUGCAGCUUUAAGCUGCAACACCAUGCCCAUUAUUUUGAGAUUCUGAAGAAAUAUAUGAGGUUUUUUGUGAAGUUUUGGCAACUCAUUGCAUUACUUCACCUAAAUAAGAGCAGUGAAUAAAAGGGGGUAAGUUUCUAAAGAAACUGUGGUGCUGCAUCAGUGGGAGAGUAUAACAGGGUAAUUUAGUAUUAUUGACUGAGUUAGUUAUAUAAAUUGGCCACUGUAAAGAGUUUUACAGCUGAUGUUUCAAGCGUUAGCCAUUUGUGAGAGUGAAUGGAGCUCUAGAGAAGAACAGGCAGAAGACAAGGGAGAAAUUUCUAUUAUUUUAUCACCACAUCUCUCACUAUUUCAGUUCUUAUAGUGGAGCUUGCAGAGCAUAGCCCCAUAAUUAUACAAAAUAGUAAUAACCCAUCAAGCUGAAAAAAAUUGGUUGUAUGACCGUACAACUGUACAAGGUGCUACUUUUAACAUGCGUGGUCAACUGUACCGCGGGCACGCCAACACCACGGCUUUGUCCAGUAGUCCAGUGGUCAGUGCACUGGGCUCUGAGUCAGAUGACUUGGGUUCUAGUCCUAGCCAGGGCAAGGCGUUGUGCCCUUGAGACAUGCAGGGAAAAAAAAUGUGAGCUCCGCUUUUAGGCUUGGCUAAAUCUAUAUAUUAUUCUAGACACUGUUAGCAAAUGGUUCACAUUUUAGCAGUGCUGUUGGCUUUUUUUUAAUUCCACCAAUUAAAACCUGUUUUGUUUUGUUACAGUUGUUGAACCCUUUGUUGCGGCUGCGGCAAGCAUGUUGUCAUCCACAAGCAGUGAGAGGAGGCUUCCUGUCCCUGCAAAAGAGGUAAAUUUUAAAGCAUCUCUGUAUGUUGUUGCAAAACUGAAUCACCUAUAAAUAACACUAUAUGAUAUCUCAUUAUCUAAUAAUAUCCUAAUAAUACCUAAUAACAUCCUAACAACAUCCUUAUAACACCCUAAUAACAUUUCUAAUAAAAUUUUAAUAACAUCUUAAUAACUUUCUAAUAACUUCCUAAUAACAUUCAUAUUAAUGCUUAACAAGAAGGUAAUAUUAUUUCUUUAAGAUUUUUAUUUUGAUUAUUUUGUAGCACUCUUACCAUGGAUAAACUGCUUGAAAGUUUGAUAUCCAAAGCAAAGUUGGAAUGUGAAGAAGCACAUCGACAGCUCUUGUUUGCUUUUAAUGGUUUGUACAUGAUAUCUUUAGGGAGGCGCGGUGGCCUCAUGGUUAGUGUGCUCAACCCCAGAUUGGAUGUUCCUGGUUCGAGCCCUGGCUGGGGUCAAGACACUUUACUCUCACAGUGCUUCUCUUCACCCAGGUGUACAAAUGGGUACCAGCGAAUGUGCUGGGGGUAACCCUGCGAUGGACUAGCAUCCCAUCCAGGGGGGAGUAACAUCAUGCUAAGAAAACUGGAGUUAAGCACUGGCCCCAUGGGCCACUUGGGCCUGUAUAACAGCUAACUUACAUGAUAUCUUGGAUUUUCACAAAAGCAUGUUUUUUACUCUCUGCCGCUUAUAUUACAUCAUGUUUGUAUGUGUCUGAGUUAAUAUAACAUUGAAAUAAAUUACUUUUGCUCUCCAGGUCUUGCUGGCAUUCACAUUUUAAAAGAAGAGGUUAGUUUAUUCAAUAUUUUUGCAAAGCUAUAACAGAAGUGAAAACAUUUACUUAACCCUUUAACUCCCAAGAUCUCAUUAGUAAUUCUCCUUACAGUCUGCCAAAUGAUUCUCAUUAUGUUAGUUUGGAGAAUUUGGUAUCAGAUCAAUUGGUAAUCCCAUAAUUGAUAUUUUUCUUUAUUCUCAUCACUUGUCUGCAUGAUAUUGCAUAGAUGUGGUAAGGAGAAAUUCUGUCAUGGUCACUCAUGGGAGUGAAAGGGUUAAAAAAAACAAUUUAUGGCAGAUCAGUGUGAUGGUGUUGAAAUUAGCUUUUGUGCCAAUGGAUUUUAAACUGUCUGAACUCCAUCAAAUUGAAUUUUCAUAAUAAUGUUGAGUACUACUUACUUGAUAAUUGAAUAGUCUCUCCUCUAUAGGGAUACAAACAAAUUGGAAACAAAUGUUGCAAUUAAACUUUUUGUUUUAAAAAAUUCCAACUGUUGGGAGGCAAACAAGCCUGCUGGUAUGAUUGAUUUGUCCCUCAAAGUUGUUAAGUUUUAGAGCUCACUUAUUGUGUAUUCAACACUGGAAAAUGGGGUUUAAUUCUGAUAAGAUGAAACAAUAAUACUGUGUUUAGUGUAUUAUUAGUAAAGUCUGGUCUAAUCUGAAGCAUGGGAAGAUGUUUUUGUCCUUGGUGGAAGACAUCAUGUCAGAACAAAUCCAGUGACAAGCAGGUUAGUCUUCCUCGCAACUAUUGUUUGUGUGUUCACCCAAGGCUUUCCUCCCCACAAAGCCUUGUAUGACUACAAAGACAACGGCUGCAAGGAAGACUAGGUGUCGGGCUUGACCCAGCACCCCCCAUUGUAAGUCCAGAGCUAUAACCACCAACCCAGGCUGCCUAGUUUGUUAAUUUCUUGAUGUGAAAGCCCCUUUUUUCUAUUUUCCAGUGGCCAGAAGCUGUUGAAAUGUACAGGGAGGCAACAAGAUCUUGGACAGAACAUGAAGAAACCUUCAGAACAGAUGCACUACAGGUGAGGUGGGCCCAUAACUGUACAUACCCCAGAAUGAGCAGGUGUCAGAUUUUUCCUUCCCAUUUGUUGUCAAAUGUUUUAUCAGUUGUGUUUGGUUGAAAUAGGUAGCCUAAGAUACUUUCUGAACUAACAUUCUGUUAAAAAGCAGAAUGAACCAGAUAAGAUAUAUAAGUGUAUUAUAACUGGAGAUUGUCUUGCAAUGUUUGGAGAACAUCUUUUGGGUGGAAAGAUGCUAGAGAGCAGUGAUAAAACCUUAAAGGAAAGUGAUUUAGAAGAAAUGUCAGCCAAAUUUGGAAACAGAUUAUUAUUCUGCAAUUAAACCAACAUACCAUCGUAGGCCACUGGAAUAGGCAGAAUUUGCCUGGGUAUUACAGGACAACAGUACAAAUGGAAAACAGGGCUACAAAAUGGGCACUUUGAAUGAUUAAAACAUUAAUUUUUUCUUUUUAUUUUUGUUGGCCGUCAUAGAAAUGAAAUAGUUUUUUUUUGUUUUAUUUUCAUCUUUUGUGCACACAUUAUGUGAUCCUUGUGGAGUCAAGAUGAGGCCAUAGGAUUUAUUUCCACAUCUAGAAACCAAAAUACCAGAAAUUAGUGUAAUAGUAAAACCCUUAUUUGCUGGUUUAAAAUAAAAUACAAACUGAAUUUUUCCUUAUUGCUUGUAAAACUUUUCAAGAUACAUGUACUGUAAUAUUCCUCGCAUCAUCUCUGGUACUGAGUGAUGUCUACUUCCAGUUGUCUGGUCAAAUCCUGAGGUGAUCUUGUUAUUUUCACAUAGAAAUUACACACCUUGUUCAACUUGUCAGAUGUUCUCAGUCAGCAGCACCCAGGCUGUUCACAUACCUUGCGAGAUGACAAAUUGCCAGAUGACGUGAGUAGUAAAGAAUAUAUUUGUUAUAAGAUGUGGUGUGGACUUUCUCUGUAAAUGUGAAUGAAAGUGAUCCUCGCAGUAAUGUGCACGACUUAGGCAGUAGUGAAAGUAACUUUCAUUCAUGUCUUUAUCCGCCGUUCAAAUAUAUGACUUUCAUAUAUUCUUAACCGUUUAUUCAUCACUUCACGGGUUUAUUUAGAAUCAACGUCAUAACCAGCUCCCAGUUGGCUUGUUAGCUCAGUUAGUAGAGCGCUGCACCGGUAUCGCAGAGGUCAUGGGUUCAAAUCCCGUACAGGCCUGAAUUUUUUUCAGGCCUUAUUUUCACUACUGCCUAAGUAGUGCACAUUACUGCGAGGAUCACUUUCAUUCACGUCCUUAUCCGCAGUUCAAAUAUAUGACUUUCAUAUAUUCUUAACCGUUUUCUCUGUAAAUGUUGGAUGGAUGAAUAAGAAGAUGAUCCUUGUACGAUCUCAUUUUUAGGUAAAGGAACUUAAGAAUGCAUACACAACAAGAGUGAAUCUACAGGUGGACAGCGCCAAACAAAACCUUGAUGCUGCUCAGUCAAGCCAUGCUGAGAUAAGACAAAAAGUAAUUCACUGCACACAUCCUGUACUGUGUUCACUCUGCACCCUUUACAGUCCCUAACAUCAGUAUGCAUAUUCUCCAUACUGUUCUCUAUAAAUUUCCCAGAGUGCCUAGAAGGAGAAUUUGUCUAAUAAUCAACGGCUUCUUUAGUUCGUGAUCAUUCCCUUCAUCCACAUGAGCUUAGUGAGUGAUUCUGGGGUAAUACUUUUGGGAGAAUUAGAUGCUCAUCACUCUUAAGGAAUAAAGAGUUUCUGUUUUUCUGAGCUUUUAUCAACUUGUUAUCUUUUUCAUAGUUUCGAAAUAAUUCAAGUAAUUCUUGGUUUCUUUUAAACUAAUUGUAAAGAUAAAUUUCCAUCAAUAGUCAAAUACUAGAGUUUUUUUUUCUUUAUUCACGGACUGGUUCUUUAGAAUAUUCUUAUAAAAACAAUGAUAUAAUUUGUGGGUAAUAAUUCACGCACUUGUGAAAUAAUUAAUAUGCAGGUUGAUAUGCAGUCUCCUUGGUGGGUUGAAGCUCUUCAUUCUGUGGCAGAAAGAGGACUUGAUACUGACCUAUGUCAAAGAGUCCAAGAUGAAUUGUCAUCCACUGACAUGGAUCUGGGUUCUAUUGGAAGGUAUGGUAUGAAUCGUCUUAUUCAAGAUUCGAUGAAAGAGGAUCGAGGAUCGAGGAUGAAGGAUAGAGGAUCGUGGAUCGAGGUUCGAAUAUCGGGGACGGAGGAUCGAGUAUCGAGGAUGAAGGAUCGAGGAAAAAGGAUCGAGGAUGAAGUUUGGGGAUCGAGGAUCGAGGUUUGGGGUUCGAGGAUCGAGGUUCGAGGAUCGAGGUUCGAGGUUCGAGGUUCGAGGUUCGAGGUUCGAGGUUCGAGGUUCGAGGUUCGAGGUUCGAGGUUCGAGGUUCGAGGUUCGAGGUUCGAGGUUCGAGGAUCGAGGUUUGGGGUUCGAGGAUCGAGGAUCGAGGAUCGAGGAUCGAGGAUCGAGGAUCGAGGUUCGAGGAUCUGGACGCCCGAAGAACUUUUCAAGGAUCUUGAUCCGCAGUUUCGUCUUAAUUCUCUCACGCAAAAAACAAUAGCGAUAGACAAAGGGCUUGAUACAAUGCUCCUCUUUUGACACACACGCAGUACGCACAAAUGCCGAUAUUUUCAUAUCACACACUGUAAAAGUAUAUGAUAUUAGUUUUGUACAAGUUUGAAUGAAUCGUAUUAAUGUGUAAUCUUUUUGCUACAGAUUUAAGGACCUUCAUGGACUACAGUAUAUUGUUUCCUCCAAGUUAGAAUUGAUUGAGGUAUGCGGAAGUAAGAAAUAUUUAGUUAUUGAGACAUCAAUUCUCUUUAAUUCUAAUUUGUUGAGCCUAAGAAUUUGAGUGUUUUUUUAGGGCAAUUUUUUAGCCAGCCAGCCAGAGGCAGACAGAUGCACAGUUAGUCCAUCAGUCAGCUAGAUAGACAGUCUGACCGUCAGACGGACAGACAGACUGACUGGCUGACUGUCUGACGGAUCGAGAAAUGACUGGCUGACUGACUGAAUGAAAGUGAGACAGAUAAACAGGCAGAGAAAAAUAACCACUCGAUUUUGAGAGGUUUUAGUUUUGAGUUUUCAUCCAUCUUUUCAUUGCAGUCUACUCAUAAUAACUUGUUAGUAUCCCUGGACAAGCUUGGUGUGCCUGCAACGCCGCAGAUGGUAUUGGCUAGUGCUGAGUGUUGUUUGAGGCCAGCUCAGAAUAGCACUGCUGAAAGGUUUGUUAUGAUAAUGUUGGUGACCUUGACUGUGGCGAUGACGAUGAUGAUAACUAUAACAAUCACGGUCACGAUGACAGGCACGACGACGAUGACGAUGGCGAUAACGAUGACGAUGACGAUGACGAUGACGAUGACGAUGACGAUGACGAUGACGAUAACGAUAACGAUAACGAUAACGAUGACGAUGACGUUGACGAUGACGAUGAUGAUGACGAUGACGAUGAUGAUAGCAGUAGUGACGACGAUGACGAACACGACGCCGAUCAAGAUGACGAUUUUUUUAGGCUUAGGCUAUCUCUACAGGUGCCAGGAAACAACAAGUUGUGUAAAGUUACCUGCAGAAAGGAUUAAAUGUGUAUCACAUAUUUUCUCUGCAGGUGCGCCUUUUGUCAGGUGGAUGAUAUUUUUACAGAAUAUGAAUCACGAAUAUUUGGCCAUCAAGGAAUGAAGGGCGUCGAUGAGCAUAAGUAGGUAUUCAUGUUUAUAGCAAGUCUUCAAUUCUCCUAACUGGUCUCUGUGACUUUCUGUCACCGUUAGUUAUGAGAAUCUACAGGUAAAUCAACGUAAUGUUUGCGUGCUAUUUUUAUUCGAAGUUCUCAGACUGACGACACACUUGAUUGGCAUCGCCAUGGCAACACGGGAGGAUUACGCGCGGAGUCUGAGGUUGAGAAGGUCCUAAAAGUGAUACAUAACUUUAUCAAGACUCACAGUACGUUAUUACUUUCACUCAGUCUUUUUGUCCGUAUUGUUCAAGUUGUCACACAACACCUCUCCCUCUUUCGCGUGACGUGUCACAGCCUAAGGUCACGCAAUUGUUGUUAAAAGUGACGAGUCGCGAACCUUAUUCUCUUACGUGGUGAUGCAACGAAAAGUUAAAGUAUUGCGCGUAUUACAUAUCACGACCUAAGUUACCUAUGUUAAGGCAUUCUGCAAGUGGUCACACAACUGUGGUUGAGAUUUACUUGACGGGGCACCACUCAAUGACAUUUUUCGUCGUCUUUACAAAUGUUAUUUAGGUGCUCACGCAACUGUACACGAAUUGAAUAACCUUUUGUCUUUACAGAAACUGGGUCAACUGCACAUCUGCAACAAGAGGGUCGCUUGCACUUGAGCUUAAUUGAUGGUCUGAGAAAAGAAUUUAAGGUUAGCAUUUAGGAACCGACGCUUACACUUUGUACGUACGCCUAACCCUUUACGUCUUAUCAUCAUAUUACCAUUUUGCAUACUCUCCAGACUGUUUCUAAAAUUCUCUAAGGCGCUGACAAGGAAAAUCUGUUCAGUUUGCUUCGAUCAGCCGUGGUAUUACUUAGUUUUGAGUUUAGUUAAGUUUACUUGGUUUAGUUUUUAUGCUGAGAUAAAUUGAAUGCUCUUUGUUUCCUAUUUUUCUAGUUUCUGAGAGCUCUGUGGUUUGCUCUGCGAGAGCGUAUCUCUUGUCUUGACGAAUUGGACAUGUGUACAACUCGCCUUAGGCUUUUGCUGCCAGGAGAACCCGUCACAGAUGAUAUCCACGUGAUUCAUCCUUUACAGGUACUUAAACAUUUCUAUUUGAAACCAACGGGGGGGACAUAUUGGACACUAAUGUCCGAUUUUGAAUUUUGGACACUAAUGUCCGAUUUUGGAUUUUGGACACUAAUGUCCGAAUUUGGAUUUUGGACACCAAUGUCCGAUUUUGGAUUUUGGACACUAGUGUCAGAUAUUCGGAUUUUGGAUACCAGUGUCCGAUUUUGUAUUUGGACACUAGAGUCCGAUUUUGGGUGGUCGAGUCUAAAAGUUAUUCAGAAUGGAUACGAAUCUGUAGCUCUAUUAGCAACUAAUUGGAUUAUGUUUUUUCUUUUGAAGAUAGAGCAACAGCGCCUUAAGUUCAUGUCCGACAGAGUUGUUGCACAAACUGAGUUGAGGAAGAAGCUCGGUCAACUUCUUUAUCUCAAAAAUUUGGCGAAGGUAAGUUUUCUGAUCAGAUUUCGUGGAGGUUCUCUUAAAGAAAAGAAGGUCUGGCUAGAGUGAGCUAAAUUUCAAGCAACAUAUUCAAAAUAUUUAUUUGCUCUAUUUUCAGACCCAAACCAGUCAUGACGGAAAGAACCCGGAACCAUGUCCAGUUUGCACCAAACUGCUAGGAGUCCAGGCAAGUAACUAAAAACGACCCUUCUCCUCAUGGUCCUUUUCGACUUAUUUAGGACUUUCUGUUUGUUUUUGUUCUUUCAGUGGAGCGUUUUCUCAUGUGGACAUUGCAUUUGCUGUCGGUGCUCCUGGGUACUCUUGCGGCAGGCUGGAAUUGGUCCCCGACAUAGGAACGUACACGUGAAGUGUCCGAUGUGCCGGAUACCUACUCUUGCGCAAGAAAUUUCCUACGUCAGCACCGGAAGGAGUCAGGACAAAGAUACAGAGGAGAAUGUCACUGUCAAGGUGGUUUGAGCUUCAUUGUUUAGAUAUAAAAAAAAAAACUAAUUCUCAUCUGUAAUUGUCAUCGCUUUCUUUCGGAACAAGUGCUAAGAAAUGAGUGAUUUAUCAGAUCAACAUGGCUCUAUCGUCUCAAAAAAUUGAAACACAACUUAAAUCGCUCUUCGAUUUACCUUCGUAAUGCCAAUAGCUCUGCGCCAAUCACAAUAAAUAAAUUGUCACGAGCAGCCAAAGAGAGCUCAAAGUUGAAUCAAGAAAACUGCUUGAAGCGCGGAAAAACGUCGUUGACCAAGUCACGGUUGCUCUUAAUUUUGAUUUGAUUGUUUGAGGAAGUGGCGCGAAUUUUCUGGACCAACCACAAAGCAAAGAAAAGAAAAACCGAAGCAAUCACGGAUAAGUUUCGGCUCUCUAUUUUGUAAUGGGUUAGAGCACUUUUCGAUUGAGAGGCCUAACACUUUAACCAAAGUUAUUUCAACAGUCAACCAGAAGAAAGAAUACUACCUUUAAAAGCUAAUUAGAAUUCAAAGUAAAAAAAUCAAUACCCAAACCGCCCAAAGCGCGGGAAAACGCGGGUGACCCCGUCCUGGCUGGUUUGAGCCUUACAUCUGAUUGGCUGAGGGAGUGGCGCGAGUUUUCUGGGCCAAUCACAGAGCAAGUAAAGCAAACUCCCGGAUUACUUCCUACCAUCAAUUGGAAAUUGCUCAUCCAGUUAGUCUCAAACUUUGAGUCCUUUUUGCUCCUUUAGGGAAGCCAUUCUACAAAAGUUGAAGCUGUUGUGCGCACAUUGUUGGCUAUUAAGUCGGCAGACAAUACGGCAAAGAGUCUUGUGUUUUCUACGGUGAGUUUUUGAUACUGUAUUCCUUUUAGCCCUCGUAGAAACUCCCCGAACUAUUUCAAUUGUAACUGGGCAGCGCUCGUAGACUGGGGCCAAGUCAUUAGUGCUUCAGCACAAGCGUUUCUUCGCCCUCGCGAAAGUUGUCGCCUUGAGCGAUGCGAGCCAGUGAGAAGUCUGCCAGUGGUCUGGCACUGAUGUAAUUAGUGCCAGACUCUAUGCAAACCUCUCCCUGACUCGUCUCAAUUCUCGCUGCGAGCGAAAAAACGUACGCCCUGCAGCGCUAAUUAUGAAGGCCUGCUCCAAGGCUACGUACAGGUUGUGUUAGGAACACUCUUAACUUUCACAUUCUGUGUUGAUUCUGUGAAUUUCAACUUUGUUUUGUUUUCUCUUAGUGGCAAGAGGUACUUAGUGUUUUAGCCCAAGCUUUGGACGAGAAUGGAAUCAAAUAUAAACACAUUACUGGCAGCCGACUUUUUCAGGUUGGUACCAAAAGCUGUAAGGUCUCUGCCGAUUGUCGAAGGUCAUACUUUAUAAUGUACCGCCCAUUUUUGACAAGCUUUUUACAAUAUCUGUGAAGUAGAGGGAGUCUCGAUCGAGUGUCUAUAGACCAAAGCUAAAGUAAUCACGGCAGCCAAUCAUAGUAAGGCAAAAUAUCAAAAAGAGCCAAUGAGAACGGAAAGUUAAAACAAAGUAUUCGCGUAAAGCGCGGGAAAACGCGAGUGACCAAGUCGUGAUUUGUUUGAGCUUUGCAUAUGAGUUAUUGAAAAUUUGGAGCGUUUUUAUCGACCAAUCACAAAUUUAUGCUUUUUAAGGCGUGGUUGGGAGCAGAGCUCUUUUGAGUAUGCGCAAAAAAAGCUCAUAAAAGUUGUGUGAGGCCCUCGCCUGUCUCAGUCCUGGUCUUCUUUUAUGGGUCAUGGAAAGUCAUGGAAAAUGAGUGAAAAUGAUACUCUUGAGAACAGCGAAUUAAUAUGAGUAUAAUUUCUCGACCAGAAUUCAUGGUUAAGGUUAACAAGAUCUCGGAAAAGUUCACGGAGGAUCGUGAAAUUUUAUGACUUCGAAGGAUUUCAAACCUAGAACGAGAGGCAAAAGUCUUGGCGCGCUCCACCACUUUUUGAAUUUCUUUUCAUAUAACUUUCAUUAAUCUUUCCCUCUCUCUUAUUGCACUGUUGCCUGGUGUUGAUAGAAUAGUCUCUUAUUUAGUAGAAUACUGUUUGGGGGGAGGGGAGGGAGAGGAGGAACUUUCAAGUACCUUAUCACAGAUAAAUUACAACAUUUCAGUUUAUAAUGUUAGCUUACAAUGUUGGAGGGUUGACGAUCACUUACUAAAAAGAAGCGUGCCAACCACUUUUCCCCACUCUUUGUAGUUUUAGUAAUACCAGUCUUAUUCUUUUCAGUCAAACCUUCAGACGUUCAAACAGGAUUCCUCGGUAGGCGUUCUUCUCCUGCCUCUACAAACCGGGUCUAAUGGUCUCAAUAUCAUCGAGGCGACACACGUGUUGUUAGUAGAGCCUGCGAUGAACCCCGCCCAUGAGCUACAGGCUGUGGGGCGUGUGCACAGAAUUGGACAAACUAAGUAUGUUGUUAGACUCCUUAUUAUAUACUCAACAAAAUAUCGCGUUUCUGAUUGGUCAAUGAUGAAUGCAUAAAUAGGUUAUAGAGUGCAAUAGAGGUUAUAGAGUGCAAUAUGGAGAAGUUGCCAUGGAAACACCGAUGGAGUAAUUUUGUCGAGAAUAUAAUAAAUUAAAAAAACGUGCAUUUCUGAUUUAUGGAGUUGUUUUGAAAGUUCUUAUGGCUCGUGCAAUUUUGUGUAAACAAAUUUAUCAAUGCCCAUAAAUACGCGAGAUUUCCUAUCUUACUGCUUCCUGUUUUAUUUAGUGAGAAGAUGAUUGGACGAAGUAAAAACAUCUUGUUAUGAGUUCCUUAUGGAUGUGUAAACAAAUUUUAUCAAUGUACAGCGAGAUUUCCCCUGAUUUUUAUUUAGUAGAAUUAAACUUCUUUAUAUGUCAGGCGAGGGAGACGUAGGGGCUUUACAGCUAUCGUGCUGGACUCCGGAUUGAGAGGUCUGGGGUGGAGUCAUGGCCGGGCAUUAUGAACGCCUCCCUCUCCCUUCAUGUCACAGAAACAGGGAUAAGCGCUAGCAGUGUUAGCCUUUGGCUUGAGUGCUGAGUGCUAUGUGAUGAGUUAACGUAAUUUGUCAGGGAAUUUUAUUGUUGAUUUUUUUUUACAGACCCACCCACGUGUACCGCUUUAUCAUACAAGGAACUGUCGAGUCCCGGAUGUACUCCUUACUGCAGUCUAAGCCAACGAGUUGUGUUAGGUAUCAGUUACUCUCGGUAUUUUCUUCUCCUGCAGCGUUUUCCAAUGCAGAAUUUCAUUCGUUUAUUGUUGUUAUUCUUUUUCACGUCAACUUGAAGAACAUGGCGUACAUUUAUGGGCUUAGACUUUUCAAAAGUAAAGUGUUGCAGUAAGUAAGCAAAGUUUGGAGUCUUUAAGAGAAAACUUACCUUCUAUGAAGUGUCAUGAUGCAGACAUAUUGUCAAGUGGGCGUAAACUCGACUUUCUUAGCUGAGAAAUGCAUGGAACACAGAAACGCGCACAUUCUGAACAAACCCUCGUACCCAGGCUUCCCUGGAAACUGUAAUGAAAGUUGUGACACGUGAUUCUAUCCUGCUCAACAGGACUGGAGCGCGUGACAGUGAGAAUGCCAGUCUGACGCUUAGUGACAUCGCCUCAUUGUUCACUCAAGAUGAAGAACGCGACGAGGAGCAAGGCGUGACGGGAUCGUUCCUGUUUUAUGAACCAACAGACGCCCUUUCUCCUGAUUAACAGCGCACGUUUACACUUGCUAUUGUCUUAGAAGUGUAGAUACAAGUGGUUUAUUUUUCACGCUUAAGUCAUUUUAUUGACAAGAAUAUAACUAAACAAUUCGUUAAUGUUAGAACUUGCUUUGUUGGUGCUACACCAUUUUUUAAUAGAAGAAUAUGAAGUGUUCCUUUUUAGCGAUUUCGUAAGAAUGAAGAAAGAAAAAUGCAAGUAAAUAAACAAUUUUUUUUUGAAAACUUUUCCACUUAUGUAGCAAGCGAGCAGGCCCUCGUUGUUUGUGCUUUGGUAGGACCAUUUCUUCGCCCUCAAGAAAGUACGAGGCCUCAGUUAAGCAACGCGAUUCAGCGAGAGGUAUUCAAGAAGUUUAGUGCCAGACCUCUGGCAAACCUCUUCCCGACUCGUCUCAAAUCUUCCCACGUGCGGAGGAACGCGUGUGUUGCAGCGCUAAUGAGGGAGAGCCUGUUUGACGGUUACGACUAAUGAAAAACUGAAAUCUGUCCGAUCUCCCC